AUGUUAAUCAGAAGCCCGGGCUAUAUGGCUGAACUUGAUGCCCACUUGAAAGUUGAAGGUGAGUUAACGAAGAUUGAAAAUGAAUUAAGAGAAAAAGCUGAGGCAAGACAACUUAUAGGAAAAGAAGCUAUUUUAUAUUUCUCACGCAUGCUACAAUUAGUCCCUACUCAGGUAGUAAAAAUUCCAGCCGGAUAA